AUGGCGGAUGCACUACUUGGUCCCAUUGUAGAAGUUCUAGUGGAGAAGGCAAUACAUUUGGCUUCUGAACAAAUUGGCCGGUUUGUUGCAUUCAAGAAAGACUUGGAGAAACUGAAGGAUACGUUGACUCUGAUCCAGGCUCUCCUUCAUGAUGCAGAGAAAAGACAGGUGACUGAAUUCGUGAAGAGUUGGCUGGAGAAGCUUGAACGUGUGGCUUUCGAUGCUGGUAAUCUGUUGGAUGACAUCAGCUAUGAGAUGAUCCGGCGCAAAGUUGAGAUUCAAAACCAAAUGAAGAGGAAGGUAUGCUUCUUCUUCUCACUCUCCAAUCCCAUUGCAUUUCGUUGCAAAAUGGCCUGCAAGAUUCAGAAAAUCAAUAUGGAUUUGAAAAGAAUCAAUGAAGAAGCAAGGAAAUUUGGCCUCCAGCCACAGACUGGAGCUACAGAUGCGCCUCGUGUUCUUCCUCCUCCCAAUGUAGGAGGAUUUAUAAAGAACAGAGAGAGUGACUCUGUUGCUGUUGAUACGGGUUUCGUUGGAAGAGAAAAUGAUGUCUCAGCAAUAGUAAAAAUGUUGACUGCCCCAAAUAAUGAUGACACUAUCUCCGUUCUCCCUAUAGUAGGGAUGGGCGGGAUCGGAAAGACUGCAUUGGCUCGAAAAGUUUAUAAUGAUCCAAAGAUUAAAGAACAUUUUAAGAAGAGCAUGUGGGUAUGCGUGUCGGAUGAUUUCAAUACCAAUAGGAUUUUUGGGCUGAUGCUAGAAUCAUUGGAAGAGCGAAUGACCGGAGUUGAGAGUAGGGAAGCCAAAGUCAAUCGGCUCAAGAAAUUAUUGGACGGUAAAAGGUAUCUACUGGUCUUGGACGAUGUUUGGAAUAAGGAUUCCGGACUAUGGAAUGAGUUUCUUGGGUCUUUGAGGGGUACUAGCCAAGCCAUGGGGAGCUGGAUUCUUGUGACCACUCGUGAGCGAGAAGUGGCAACCAUCACGAGAAUUUCUUCUCCUCAAGAUUAUUCCUUGAAACAAUUAUCACAUGAUCAAUGCUGGCUCAUUCUCAAAGAAAAUGCAUUGGGUGCUAGGAAAGUGCCAAAUAGACUGCAAGAAGAUAUAGGUUUGAAGAUUGCAGAAAAAUGCCGAGGCUUACCAUUAGCUGCAAGCGUUCUCGGGGGCAUGCUGCGCAACAAGGAAAUAGAUGAAUGGCAGAAAUUAGAGAGUGGGCUUCAAAGAGGUGAAAAUAAUGGCAUUCAUGAAAUUUUGAAGUUGAGCUUUGAUCAUCUGCCAUAUCCGUCUCUUAAAAAAUGUCUUGCAUAUUGUUCAAUUUUUCCCAAGGAUUUUGAAAUGGAAAAGAAUCAAUUGAUCCAACUUUGGGCAGCAGAAGGAUUUCUUUAUUCAAAUCCAAGAAACAAUAAUAUGUGUAUGGAGGAAGUCGGUAACAUGUAUUUUACCAUUUUGUUGGAUAGUAACUUGUUUCAAGAUGCAGAGGAGGAUAAGUAUGGGAAUGUUGUGAAUUGCAAAAUGCAUGAUCUUGUGCAUGAUAUGGUGCAAUCCAUUUCCAGUUCUAAAACUUUGAGGUUGACAGAGUCUGGAAGUGAUGACCAGGGGAUGUUUCCCAUCCAGUAUCUUGCACUGGAGAGAAGUGGAGAAAAAAUGCCAUUUCCAUCCCCUGAAAGGUUCAAGUGUGUUACAACAUUAUUUUUGUUGGAAGACAGAUCACUUAAUGAUAGAGAGAUAUCAUUUUUUAUGUUGCGAGUUUUGAGCUUAAGGUCAUCAAGUGUCAAGGAGCUUCCUAAAUCAAUUGGGAAGCUAACUCAUUUGCGGUACCUUGAUUUAUCCAGACCUUCAAUCAAAAUAAUGCCAGACUCUCUUUGUCGACUUUAUCAUUUGCAGACAUUAAGAGUUGAAGGUUGCAAAUCAUUGACAAAGUUUCCAGAAAAUUUCACGAAUUUGGUGAAUUUGAGGCACUUUGAAGUGCGAAAUUGCACAAACUGCAAAGAGUUACCAACUCUUGGGCACAUGUCCUCCCUCAGAUCUCUUCACUUGGAAAGACUUGAUGGCAUAACAAGCAUAGGACCUUCUUUUUAUGGAGAAUCAACCAUACAUAGUGGAAGCAGCAGUCAAAGUCCCCUAAAAUUGUUUCCAGCGCUUGAACAUUUCAUUCUAAGGGACAAUCGCAAUUUGACUGAAUGGACGGAAGCAGAAGUUCAUGAUAGAGAAUUGAUGGUAUUUCCUGUCCUUGAGACGAUAGAGAUUGAAGAUUGCCUCAGACUAGCAACUUUUCCAAGUCAUUUUCCAAGUCUCAAGAAAUUGCACAUCGGAGUUAGCCCUCUCACUGUUCUUCCCAUUCAGCAAGGGUUCACCGAGCUACCAAAUGUGUUAUUUCAAAACAAUCCAAAUCUUGCAGAUCUCCAGUUAAGAAGGUGUCAUGAUUUGACCCAAUUCUUGGAUUUUCCGUCUGAUGUUCCUCAAAUUUUAGAAGGUCCAAAUUCCCAAACAGUGCUUGAGUCGAGCCAACCACACACUUGUAUUGACAAUAGUGCUACUCAACGUUUGGUUGGUCUUGAGUCCCUUGAGAAAUUACUUGUUCGGAGUUGCCAUUCACUCGAGUCGAUUUCAAUCCCCAAGGGAGACAAGUACCUCACUGCCUUGCGAGAAUUAGAAAUUUCCUAUUGCCCUGGGUUGACCCACUUGUCCAUCCCCCAGCUAUCUGAGUCAGAGAGGGAUUCCACUCCUCCGCCCUCCCUCUCCGCUGCUUCUCCUCCUCCUCCUCUUCUACCUCUCGAGAGAUUGCAAGUAUACUGCUGCCCCAAUCUGAUCUCCUUUCCAAUUGAUUUAACCCGAACACCUUCUCUCUCUUACCUGGACAUAGCAUAUUGUUCCAAAUUAACGGACUUGCCCAAGGGGAAGCUUUGUUCUCUUACAAGCUUGAGAACCUUAUGGAUUGGACCAUUCUCAGAAACCACAGAGUUGCAUUCCUUCCUAUACCUCUUUGAUGCUCUCCCACCACCGCACCCCUACUUCCCCUCCCUUUCAGAAUUAAAUCUGCGUGGAUGGUCUCAUUGGGAAUCUCUGCCCGAGCAACUUCAGGGCCUCUCUGCCCUAACAACUCUUUUAUUACGAGGUUUUGGAGUGAAAUCAUUGCCCGAUUGGUUUGGGAAGCUUUCGUCACUUGAACAACUUAGGCUCUGGGAUUGUGAAAAGCUAGAGAAUUUACCCUCUCACCAAUCUAUGAGAAGCCUCACCAGACUAAGAUACCUGGAGAUUCGCGGGUGCCCCCUUCUAAAGGAAAGAUGUAAACCAGAGAGCAGCAGUAGCAGCACCACCGAAUCCAAUUCUGAUACUGUAAUUGUUUAGCAGCAAAUCAGAGGCUAAUCCCCAUUUGAAGCUCAUAAAUAACGUCAGUUUUCCCAAUUAAAGCUACUAGCCUAACUUCUACUCAAUAAUUGAUGCGAACUAUUUUUCCUUCGUCCUGUGCGCUUUUGCUUUCUAGGCGGUUUUGAGUCUAGCUUGAGAGUCUACUCUCAGAUUGAUAAAUUGUGGAAGAAUAUAUGAGGCUGACAACGACAGAUCAUUCUGGCUAGCUGCAGGGAUUCUCAUGCAUGAGGUUAAAUAACAGAGCUAUGGAUGAGCAAUACAUGGGAAAGCCACUGGUCGGAUUUUUAAGUUGUGAUGACAACUGCUGCAAAUGAGGCUUGUCAGCCCUUUUAAAGAAACAUAACCUAGUCGAAUUGAGAAGCUUUCGUCUGUUGAAGGGUUCUAAGUUGGCAAAUGCAAAAAGCUUGAGUGGUAAUCCUUCCACCAAUCCACCAGAAGGCUUGAGUGGAUAUAGGAUGCGUAUCUUUUGAUUUAUAGGGAAGAUGAUGUCACAAGGGGAGCUGCCCCAACAGUGAGUGAUGCAAGAGCUAUGAGAUUUUCUACUUUGAUCAUAUUCUAAUUGGAUGCUAAGUUGUCACAAUCUGCUUAAAUUCUAAGAAAACUGAAGUCUACACUGAGUGUGUUAAUGAUUUAGUCAAUUCUGUGUAUUCUAUAAUAUGCUAUCUUCAGUUAUGUAUAUUCAGUCUCAUGAUGCUAUACAAUCUUUUGGCAUUUUGCUUGACAGACCCUUGUUGCUAUACGUGAAAGUGAAUUGAGUAUUGGAACAUUGCACAAUGUAUUUGAGUUUUGGAAAAUCUGGUGCCAAAAGAAUUUGCAAAAUUUGUUA